AUGCAUCUGCUCGCGCGGGACCAUGUCCACACGACCUCCACCGCAGACUCGCAAUCACCCACCGCAACGAAGAAGUCUGCCUCCUCCGCGAGCUCCCUGACGACGGACCCCGAAGCCACCACGACCCUCACCUCGAUGCCGCAACCAUUUGACGCCGUGCUGAGCAACAACUUUACCUCGUCUUGCCAGAACUUCUUCCAGACCUUCCUCUCGAACUCCACCUUCACCGACUGCCAUCCGUUCUCGCUCCUCCUCCAGACCUCAAGCGGCUUCUUCGAUGCCUCCAAAUCCUUUGUCCGCAUCACGCAGACCCUAGACGCGACAUGCAAGGUCGACUUCCACCAGUGUGCGGCGGUGAUGAAUGAAUUUGGGCGCGCCAUCAAGAACGAGAGCAAUUGCGCGGUAGACUACGCGCAGGACAGCCCGCUAGUGCUACAGGCAUACAACGGUUUCCUCGCGUACCAACCACUCUACCAGGCCGGGUGCUUGAGGGAUGCUCGUGGCAAUUACUGCUUCGCCAAUGCCAUCACCAACACCACUGCCGUAGUGGACUCCUAUCCGUACUAUCUCCCUCUCGGCGUCUCGCUCCCAGCCACAUCUCGACCGACAUGCAGCACAUGUCUCCAGGACACCAUGGCCAUCUUCUCAUCGUUUGCCGGCAACACGACGCAGCCCAUCAGUCAAACGUAUGGCGACGCCGCUCAGCAGAUCGACGUCGGAUGCGGGCCAACGUUCGUCAACCAAACCGCAGCACCACUAAAGGGUGGUGCAGGCGGCAUCGGAGCCGGCCUGACACCAAUGUUCGCGCUUUGGAUGAUGCUUAUCGCAUAUCUGCUAUGA